AAUUUUUUUUACAACUUUUAACUAAAAAUUUGUUAUAUUAUUUACUUCAAACAAUUCAACCGUCACUUCUCAAUAUGAUUGGGGACAACCCCAACCCCAUUGCCGAUACCCGACUCUAGGAUAACCACCAAACACUACAACCAGUAGUGUUAAUUGAUAGCCAGCUAUGACUACUACUACUGCCGAUAUGGCCAUUGGUCGGUAGAUAGGGUGGAGAGGGCACCGGUAGGUACCAUCACCAUCACAUUGAUCAAUGAUGAUGAUGAUGCUGACUACCGGUGCUUUUAAAUUGGUACCCAUGGGUACAAACAACACAUACGUUUAGUAGUGAACACAACAUAACACAUGUGUCGACAAUAAUAAUAAUAAUAAUAAUAACAACAACAAGAGUAACACAACAACAACAAAGACUUUGAGGGAUCAACUAAAGUGAUCCAUCAGUUCAUAAUACACGGCGACAAACAGCGGCGCCAAUAGCUAUUGGCGACGACCACUACUACCGAUACCGUUACUACUAGUUUACCGCACGCGGCUAUAGUGUAUAGUCGGGGGUGUGGCGGACACUGACAUCAUUGCCAUCCAAUCGACAUUACCGCCGAUAACAACAACAACAACCGAUUCAGUAGAUCCGAUUCAAUCGUCAUCAUCGUCGUCGUCACCAUCACCGCCGCCGUCGCCGCAACCGACACCACCACUACCGAUGGUUAUACCAUUGAAAUCGUCGCGACCGCUAAUGGUGACGAUGAGUCCGAACGAAGAUUGUACAGCUGCGGCCACUGCAGCAGCCGAUCGUCACCAGUUUCGCGAUGUGUCGGCGUCUAUCGGCGAACCGAUGGACGCCGACGACGAAGACGACAGAGACCACGACAAUCGGAAACCAGGUUGCGACGAGUGUGCAGCGGCCACACCGUCGACUGGUGGCCAUACGGCCACAACGCCUACAUCGCCCAGUACUACGGCUACGGCCAACAAUACAAUGGAAGACCAGAUGAUAACUACUACGUCGUCUAACGGUGUGGUGAAGGAAGAGGAGGAGGAGGAGGAGGAAGAGUUGGUCAAUGAGGAGGUCAACGACAGCGGGGACACUACUAGUCCCAAACCAACAACAACAGCAACACCAUCAUCAUCAUCGACACCAACACAACAACUGGCCGCUGGCCUGAAGUUAGUGGACGGUUGCGUCGAACCGCCAUUUGAUCCGCCAUCAGACAAACCGUUACGUUUUACUAAUCAAUUGCAAUAUUUGCGUAUAAUGUUAACCAAAUAUCUGUGCCGCUAUAAGGCUGCCCUACCGUUCCUGGCGCCAGUCAAUUGUAUCAAACUAAAGAUACCCGACUACUACGAAGUGGUAACAAAUCCGAUGGAUUUGCAGACAAUUAAACGUCGGCUAAUGUUUCUCUGGUACGAUUCGGCCCGGGAUUGUCUAUCAGAUUUUAAGCUAAUGUUUAGCAAUUGUUAUAAAUUCAACGACUGUGAUAAUUUUGUCUACAAUGCCGGUAAAAAACUGGAACAAUAUCUUGAAGAUAAACUAAAAGAUAUGCCCAAAGAGGAACUGGAGAUUAAACCGUGUCCGGAGAAGCCAACACUAGCUGAAUUGGAGCGAAGAGCCAACAAACGCCGAUCAGAGGUGUCCACACAAGAUCUCCACGACUCUGAAUUAGUUACCGCCGGCGCCGACGCUGCCACCACCUCCUCAUCAUCAUCAACAACAUCGGCGACGGCGGCUGCGGGGGGUCUAACACCCAGCAGUGUUACCGUUAAUGGACUCCUAGGAAAUGGUUUCGGCCCCAAACGGCUGGCCACUCGUUCCGCUCACGGUAUCCAAUUGAAACGACCCGUCAGGGAACUGCCCGGCGAAUCAUCAGUAUCAUCAUCGUCGGCCUUGUCCUCCGCUCAGCCGCGUCGGGUACCCCUAAAUACCUCAAUGAAGUUUUGUCUGGACAUUAUCAAAGAGUUGCUCACCAAAAAACACCGGGACUAUGCCUGGCCGUUCUACGAGCCGGUAUCGUUGCAACAGUUUCCCGAUUACCUCGAGUUUGUCAAAAAGCCGAUCGAUUUGAAUACAAUUAAGACAAAGAUAGAGACGGGUCAGUAUCGGACAGUUAAAGAUUAUGUAAAAGAUAUGCGUCUAAUGAUAUCAAACUGCUAUCGCUAUAAUAAACCGGAAGCACCGAUCAUGGAACAGGCCCGCAAACUUAGGGACUAUUUCGAGUAUCGAUACGCAAAAAUACCGGAAGAGUUUCUAAAAGAAAAACUAAACGGCGCUCACAAUAGUCAUCAAAAUACUACCGGCGGUGGUGGUGGUCAUCAACAACAACAUAACAAUAGCCAUAACAAUAGCCGAAACAAUAACCAUAACUCAAACAGCAACAACCAUAACAGUAGUAGCAAUGGUAACGAUAGCGAACUACUAGACAAAGAAAGUCAGCUUCGUAUGAAACUAUUGGAAAGUCAGGUAAAAUUGUUGACCAAUACUAUAUCGUUGAUGUCCGGCCUGGAUGUUGGCAAACAAUUAUCUAAGCAAACAACAAAGUCUAACAACAACAACAACAACAACGGCGGUAUCAGACGGCGUAAUGUAAAUAACGGUAAUAAUAAUAAUAAGUCAUCGAAAAAGUCAUCGUCAAAGAGGUCGGCGGCGACGCCGAAAAAGACGGCCGCAAAGAAACGUCGACAACAACAACAACGACAACAAAAUCGCCAAAUAAAACAACAACUGUCCGAUGAUGAUGACGAUGACGACGAUGAGGAUCAGGAGGAGGAAGACUCUGAUGAUGAUGAAGAUAGAGACUCGGAUGACUCGGAUAUGGCCCAAACAGUUCCAUCGCCGGUAAACUUUCAGUUUGACGACAUGGAUGAUCUGCAACUGUUGAAGACUGAUCUCGAAAAUUUAGAUGCUAAAGACCUGAAAAAUGUUUUACGUAUACUACGGUCGACUGAGCCGUCAAUCAAAUGCGAUAACGACGAAAAUAUUGAGAUCGACUUCGAGGCACUCAAACCGGAAACAUUGGUCGCCCUGAGAAAGUUUGUCAGCUCCUGUAUGCUGAACAGUAAACCAGUAAAGAAAUCCCUGAGCAGCAAAUCGUCAAAUGGGUUAGAGUUGUCAUCAUCGACAUCAUCGUCGUCCUCGUCGACUACAAACAAACAACAAAAGAGAUCUCACUGUGAUAUUAGUCGCCACCGUCUAAGCAAUGUGUCGUCCAUUACGACCGCCGCCACCACCACCACCACUGCAGCCGCCGACUCGACCCAUACUCACACCACUAACAACAACAACAACACCUCUCGAUUGAGCGACUCGUCCUCAUCGUCAUCGUCGUCAUCCUCAUCGUCAUCAUCUGAUGAUAGCGAUAGUGAUUGAUGGCCUCCGACACCGCCGCCGCCGCCGACCGACCUACAACAAGCAAGAUAUAGUUAGUUGGGGUGUGAGGAGGAGGAGGAGGAAAGGGAUAGUAGUUUUUUGAAAGUGUCGUCACCUCAACAAACAUACAAUAAUAGGGUAAACAACAAUACAAUAUACAAUCCAUACGGUUAUUGAAACAGAUAAUAAUUAUAAUAAUUACCCGUAUUUUUCUCUCACUGUGUGUGUGUGUGUGUAUUAGUGUGUAUGUGUGAGUGUGUGUGUGUCCACCAAAAUUGAUAUAUAUAUAUAUACUGUACUGUAAUUCAAUUUAUAUAUAUAUAUUACU